UCAACUUCGGGGAAGACGGAAGAAUCCCAGAGAAAAGUCGAAGGAGACAAGUAGGCUCACUUUGGGAAAAAUAAGAGACAUUUUUUUUUUUGCCUCAAUACCGGGGAGGCUUCUAAGGAAAGGACAACACUCAGUUUUUGCGUAUUUCUUCACAAGGCUGACUGUAAGGAAAGGGGCCUCUCCCAACCAGCAGGAACUUCUGUAAGACACAGCCAGUCAGAUUGGCGUGUCAUGACAUCACCUGAUCCUGCUACUCCAGCCCUGUUGUGCAUAGAGUGGACUUAGAAGCUGGGUCGGGGGAGUGGAAACUCCUCAAACAAGGCACUCUUGGUGACAUGGAGAGUGGGAGUGACCCAGGAGACCUCAAGAGCCAUUUAGUUCAACCUCCUACAGCAAUAGCUUCCUACCACGCAACAGUUGCUAUACAUACGUUCUUUUGAAUUCCCACAACCUCGGAGAACAGUGGCAGGAGAGGGGCAGCAGGAUGAACGUGGGAACGGCACACAGCGAGGUGAACCCCAACACGCGGGUGAUGAACAGCCGCGGCAUCUGGCUGUCCUACGUGCUGGCCAUCGGGCUUCUCCACGUCGUGCUGCUCAGCAUCCCCUUCGUGAGCGUCCCCGUCGUCUGGACCCUCACCAACCUCAUCCACAACAUGGGCAUGUACAUCUUCCUGCACACGGUGAAGGGGACCCCCUUUGAGACCCCGGACCAGGGCAAGGCGAGGCUGCUCACCCAUUGGGAGCAAAUGGACUAUGGAGUCCAGUUCACGGCAUCUCGGAAAUUCCUGACCAUCACACCCAUCGUGCUGUACUUCCUCACCAGCUUCUACACCAAGUACGACCAGAUGCAUUUCAUCCUCAACACCGUGUCGCUGAUGAGCGUGCUCAUCCCCAAGCUGCCCCAGCUCCAUGGAGUCCGGAUUUUUGGAAUCAAUAAGUACUGAGGGUGCAGCCUCUUCCCCUGCCUGGGAUGGCAGCGGAGGGGUAGAAGCCUGUGCUGUGAUGCUGAAGACAGAAGGAGUCGCUGGGUACCGCCAGAGAUGGGGGUUGCGCCUCUGGGCCCUAGUUUCCCCCUCACUUCCCGCAGUAGCAGACUUGAAGUAGUUUGGGGUGGGCCCCCCUGGGGCUCUGACCCCUUCUGAUUUUGUUGAUCUUUUCCUUUCGCCUCAUGGGGGUGCUCCUGGAAUGGGCUGGGCUCCUGGGCUGAACACAGACCUGUGAGGUUGGGACGAGGGGCCAGGGAAGCCCCCUGCUCGCUUGCUCCUCCUGGGCCUGCUAAAGCACUUUAACCCCUGUGAGCAGGGCAGAGGGAACGGUACAGCUUCUAGUUUGUUUCACUUUAAUUCUUAAGUCUUUAGGAUGACACUUAGUGUGUGCUUAUAUAUACGAAAGCAGUUGUGUGACAGGGCCUCAUCCCUCCGGGUAGAGAAUUGUCUAAUUCAAGUCAGACAGCUCCCGUACAGCCCCCCUGGGGUACUAGGUGCGGGUGGGGAGGAUAAAGAGAUGUGGGGGGUGGGGCUGG